AUGGACCACGUGCACGCCGUGAGGAGCACCAUGCGUGAGACCAGGUCUAACCUGGCACUUCCCCCGCACCCCACAUACAAGCUGACACAAGUCUGGGGUAAAUUUGAACUAAGCAUAUCGGGGCUCUAUCGGCAGAUAUGCAGGCAGGGGUAA